AUGUUCUUCAAACGGGAGAAAAUCGUGAAAAAGUUCUUGACGCUCCAGGCAAAAUUCUUCCGUUCAUGUCACAGAGCUAGUGAAAACGAGAAGGAGAUGAAACAAGAAAAUGAAGAUCUCAAAAAGAAAUUGAAGUUGGCGGAGCUCACCUCCAGAAAUGAAGUAAACGAACUUAAAAAGAAAAUGAAGCGCCAAGAAAAAAAAUCAGAGGAACGUAUGAAAAAGUUGAAGGGAAAAAUGACAUCGCAACUGUUGAAAGAAGUCAUCGAGUGUACGGGUUGUGUUCUGGACCAAGCCUGGAUUGUUCCGAAAUGUGAAGAAGCUCGUGUCGAGUCGUCGGAUUAUCAAGAAAUGAUGGAGUUGUUGGAUACGGAGAAAUUCAAAGUUUUAGAAGCGGAAUUGGAGAAAUGUCAAGAUGAGUUGGAUGAGGAACGCAGCAAAAAUGUUCGAUUGUUGGACAAAUUCCGCUACUUAGAUGAACUUGAAGAGUGGGACGUGAUUUCGGAAUUCGAAAAGGCCUUUAUGACUUCUGAAGAUACCAUGAAAACCUGGAAACAGGAAGAACUGAACAGAAUCAAAAAAUUGAGUGAUCGGCUAGAGGAGCUUCGUCAGACCACCGAUCCUGAAUUUUAUCCCGAAGGUCCCAGCUUCAUGCAACUUUCCGAAAACACGAUGGAAGGUUUUAAUCUUGAUAUAGCCGAUAAUGGUGUUGUUACCAGAUCCACAAAAACGCUCAUCUACGAUAACUGA